AUGAUGAGGCCUUUGCACCUCUUGCCGUUCCUCCCAGGGCUCUCCUACGCAACCACUGAGGUCCUUCUUCCCUUAUACCUCUACCCUCUCCCUGGCGCUUGGAGCCCCAUCAAGUCCGCGGUUGCAGCCCACCCCGACCUGACUUUCAACAUUGUUAUCAAUCCAAACAAUGGGCCGACUAAUGCCCCCGAUGGUAACUACGACCCUGAAACCUCGGCUCUCGGCGCAUAUCCCAACGUGAAGCUGCUCGGUUAUGUCCACACCUCAACUGAUUCGGGUGCGACCCGAUGUAACAUUCCAUUCGGUGACAUCACACACGACAUUGAGGUUUGGUACAAUUGGACUGUCAACUAUAACAUCCCAAUCAGCGGUAUCUUCGUCGAUGAGGCGCCAGUCAACACAGCCAAUGACUGUGUGAACUACAUGCAAAAUGUCACCUGGCACAUCAAAAACACGUUCGGCUCUGGAGCGAAGGUUGUGUACAACCCCGGCUAUACCGGCGGCAGCACGGCUAUCCAGACUUUCUACGAUCUCAGCCCCGGCCCUGAUCUAGUUGCGGCUGCUGAGACGUGCUUCGUGACCUCAGCUGAUGCCUGGGGAUCACUUGACGAGUGCCCAACGGGGGGCAUAUACACGACUUACGAUAGCGCCGGUGUUGGCAGUUACAUCGACACCUAUGUGACUUCUUACGUGGGAAGCACUCGUCUUCCCAAGACCGCAGUGCUGGUCCAUGGGUUCCAUGACGACAACGGCGGCACGCCUAACAUUGUUGCUUCAUCAACGACGCUGAGUGUGUUGCUCGAGGCUGUCGUGAACAGGAGCAUCGGUGCUACCUUUUUCAAUACCGCGGGCUAUCAAGCGUUUCACUAUACUCCAGUCGACAUUGGGACUUUUGCGAAUGCCUUGGACGCUCUAGUUUAG